GUGCACGCGCAUUUGUGUGUGCUGUUUUCCUGCUGUACGCAUGCGCACUAGAAGAUUCAGGGUCACAGACUCCAGUGUGAUAAUGUUGGGAAGGUAACCGGGACAACUUGCGGUCUGUUUCCCGGGACUGUCCCCGGUCCUGAAUGGAAAAUGGGACGUGCAAAGAUUCAAGUUAUCUUGAACAACUUUCACCUGGAGAAAGGUGUUUUUGCUGCGACACCGUAAAGUGCUGCGUAUUGUAAUACAACUGCGCUUUCUAACAGCUAUGGCGUUCCAGAGAGCUGAGGGGAUGUCUAUUAUCAAAGCUCUGGCGAUGACAGUGGCAGAGAUACCUGUGUUUCUUUAUACAACCUUUGGACAGUCCACUUUCUCUCAGCUGCGGUUGUCUCCCGGGCUGCGUAAGGUGCUAUUUGCCACGGCGCUUGGUACGGUAGCACUGGCCCUUGCUGCUCACCAGCUGAAACGGCGAAAGCAUAAAAAGAAACAGAUAACCGCUGACAAUGGAGGCCUGAAGCCGGGCGGCAUUCCAAGCACAGUCUUACCUGUCAGACGCACCUCUUCAGUAAAGAAAGGAUACCCACGGAGGGUGCAAAGUCCUAGCAGUAAAAGCAACGAUACCCUGAGUGGCAUUUCUUCUCUGGAGCCAAGCAAGCACUCCAGCUCCACACACAGCCUGGCAUCGGUAGUUGCUGUGAACUCCCCUAGCACAAAUGCCUUGUCUUCAGGACCCUGGAGUUCCCGGGAAAUUGAUGAAGAGUUAACUGGUGGAGACGCCAAUGCUGAAAACCUUUACAUUCAAGGCAUGGAGCUGUUUGAGGAAGCCUUACAUAAAUGGCAGCAGGCGCUGAACAUUGGCCCGAGGUGUAGCUCCAGCACCCCAACCACCCAGAUCACGGAGCUGCUAAAUGACAGCCUGUCUGAAGAUGUGGCAGAGGUCCCACAGAGAGAGCUUUCUAGCAAAUUGGAAGCUCUUCUGCACCGCGCCUACAACCUUCAGGAAGAAUUCGGGACGAGCAUUACAUCAGAAAAUGCGCUCCUGGACCUGGAAGGAGCGCUGAUGUUUCCCAUGACUGAAGGAGGAAGAACACUGCGAAUGGAUGAUGACAUGAGUACAAUUUCUGAUGAUUCCUUCUUCUCAGCAGCCGAGCUUUUUGACUCUCUGCAACUGAGCGAUAUUCCGUUUCUGCCAAGCAAGUCAGCGGCUGCGUAUGAAGAAGCUCUGAAGCUGGUGCAAGAAGGGCAGGUUUCCUGCAGGACAGUUAGGGCUGAACUGUUGGGCUGCUAUAGCAAUCAGGAUUUCCUAGCAAAACUGCACUGUGUACGUCAGGCUUUCCAGGUUUUACUUCAGGAUUCAGGCAACCAAAUGUUCUUUGGAGAAGUUGGGAAACAGAUGGUGUCUGGGCUCAUGCUAAAAGCUGAGAAGAACCCAAAGGGAUUUCUGGAAAACUACGAGGCAAUGAUGCAAUACACUUUACGCGAGGACACAUGGCCAACCACUCAGAAGGAGCUUGAAGGACGUGGGGUGGUGUGUAUGAAUUUCUUUGACAUAGCCAUGGACUUUAUACUCAUGGACGCCUUUGAAGAUCUAGAAAACCCACCGAUUUCUGUUAUCGCUGUGCUGCGGAACCGCUGGCUUUCUGAUAGCUUCAAAGAGACUGCACUGGUGACAGCUUGCUGGUCAGUCUUAAAAGCCAAAAGGAGACUUCUAAUGGUUCCAGAUGGCUUUAUCUCCCAUUUCUACUCCGUAUCGGAGCAUGUUAGUCCUAUACUGGCAUUUGGGUUUUUGGGACCUAAAGAAAAUUUGACUGAAAUCUGUACUUUCUUUAAACACCAGAUUGUGCAAUAUUUGAAGGACAUGUUUGACUUGGAUAAAGUCAGAUACACCUCAACCCAGUCUUUAGCAGAAGACAUUCUACACCUUUCCCGUAGACGGAGCGAGAUUCUCCUCGGUUACUUGGGUGUGGAUUCUGUAAGAGAAAUGAAUGGCGAUGUGUCGGCUGAACUCUGACGGAGGUUAAUUUCUGACCACCUAAAACUCACACAGCACAAACCUGGGAUAGCGUUAGCCACGCCUUAGUCCACUAAUGUCUUUGAAGAGAGAAAAAAAAAGGUUUCUUGGAAGCUAAAAUAAGAUUACAGCAUAAAAGCCUUAUUAAUUGUUAAGGGAACAGCGCAAUACAAAAAGUGCACAUUCUUUACUGGAUGCCAACAAGAAGAGUUCACGCCUUUGCAAAUACUUUGUGCUUUGAACACUUUUUUUUUUUUUUUUAAACUUUAUUUCAGUCCAAACCGUUUUACUAACAGAAUGUGUUUUAACUUUGAAUUUUUUUUUUCUAUUCAAUCACAGUUCCACAAACUAAAUGUAUAUAUAGAUGUUUUUAUUAUCUGAUUACAUAAAAUGUGAAUAGACUUUAUAUAUGUUACAUGAAGAAAUUCAAUUUAUCAAGGUAAAACAAAUACAUAGCAGAUCAAAUCUGUGUCUAUAACAUAUAUUGAGAUAUUACUAAUAAACCAUAUCGGAUACUCUACCCUAAGCAUGGGCUGUCUAGAACAGGGUUCUUAAAACUUUUUACCCCAAGACCCAGUACAAUGAUACCACAUACCUUUGCAACCCUUUUUUAGGCUUGGUCUGAAGAUUUCUGAAGUAAUAUACAACAAGAUAGCUGAAAAAUGCUGGCAAAGUAAGUAAAAUGUGUGCAUACUUUAUUCCUGAUUGCAGUCAAACUUAGUGUUGUAAAAGGUAACACACACUCUCGUAUACAGUACAUGCAACACACAUACACACUCUCAAUACACACACUCAUAUUAAACAUACACAACCAUACAACACACCCCACAUGCACUCUCAAUAUACACACCCACACCACACACUCUCUCAUACAACACACCCACACCACACACUCUCUCCACACACUCUCUCAUACAACACACCCACACCACACACUCUCUCAUACAACACACCCCACAUGCACUCUCAAUAUAAACACCCACACACUCUCUCAUACAACACACCCCACAUGCACUCUCAAUAUACACACCCACACACUCUCUCAUAUAACACACCCAGACCACACAUUCUCUCAUACAACACACCUACACCACACAUUCUCUCAUACAACACUCCCACACCACACACACUCUCAUACAACACCCACACCACACACACUCUCAUACAACACACCCACACCACCCACUCUCUCAUACAACACCCACAAGUUGCGACCCAGUAAUAGGUCCCAAUCCAUAGUUUGAAGAACCCUGAUCUAGAAGAAAUACUGUGUGAUACUUUUUUAGACUUAGCUGAAUGUGUUUCUGACAUUUACAAAUCUUUCUGUAUACCCACGGUGGGUGAGAUUCUUCCAGGUCACCUGCUGGUGCUACAGCUAUGAGAAUGUAACGGAAAGAAGAAAUACAAAUGAUCAUCUUCAUAUAACAGUACAAUGGCAGAAUAAAAGCAGAAUACAAUCAUUUUAACAAAAACUUAAAACAUACAGCAGUGUAGAGGUUUUUUCCCCCUCCAGUACAAGUCGGGGGUCUUUACUGUAACUUUAUAUGAAUGAGCACACAUAGGAGUGUGCUGGGUGGUGCGAUGCUCCGUGCGCCAUGAAACAAGCAGGUCUUGUUUAUACUUCUACAGCAGCAUCACGCAGACACAGAGCUUAAAGGGACACUGCACUCAUUAUUAAAUGUAUGAAGUAACUUCUGUAUAAAUUUGAGAUGCCAAACUGAUGGCACGUGCACAAUUUGCAAUCUUAAAAGUCUUUACCCUAAUGAACUAUUACCUGCUCAGAUACAGUGGAGGGUUCUAUCUGUGUGUGGGGUAUAGCUGGUUCUUAUGAAACAAAGCCUGCUAAUACUGCAGUAGUCAAUACCAUCUGCUAUGCCCUAACAGUCAUUUUCCUGGUGUGUUUGAUGAAUACAAAUCUAUGUAUUUAGUUGGCAGAAUUGCUAAUGUAUCACACACAUAAUUUGCUUUUUCGUCUGCUAAUGUUUAGUCUCGUUCAGUUGCAAGAAGCUGUGUUUUAUUCCUGUCAAUCACUGAGUUUUCACCCUGUGUUCCUUGGUUGAAUAAAUCUGAUUAUUGACACUAAUUUGCUAAUAAAGAGGUUUAUACAGACUACUUGUACAAUACAAGGAAAUACUGCUAGAUCUAGAACUGAAAUCUAAAGCUGAUGGUUUGUCUUCAUUAAACUGAUCAAUAUUUAUAGUAAUUGUGAAAA